CGUCACCAGCCACAAAAACAGUGUUUUGGAGGACUCCGUCCGUCCCUCUCCAUCUCCACAAAACAAAACGCUUUUCGAGGUUUCCCUUUUCUCCCCAGCAAUUAAUUGUUCUUUGUCUCUUCUUGUUCUUUCUUCUUUCUCUGCCGCGGAUCACACCCUUUUCGGAUCGUUCCUGACCAAAUCAGAACCGGAUUUCUCUUCUCACCCGCUCUCUUUUCAUUUCAUAACAAAAUCCCCUUUCCAUACUCUUUCUGCUCUGCCUCUUCAUCUUCUUCACUAGGAUUCGGGUCGUUGAUGGUUUGUCUUCCCGGCGAUGGAACACGGCAGGAGAGUUCAGAGUGGCAGCGAUCGGUGGAGCGAAGUUUCCAGAAGAAAAUCCCAGAGCAAGAGCCCUCAAGGUCAAAACUGGAAACAAACUAUUCCUUCAUGGGAGAAAUCAUUUUGCAAAACGAUCGGUUCAUUAGAUUGGGAAACCGUAUUGGAGAUGCAGAAGUUCAGCUUCCUGUUUGACAACGUGGUGAAGUGGGACUGCUCGGCAGGAGAAGAGGCGCUUCAAAAUGCAAAGAAGCGGUUCUGGGCAGAAUCACAUGGCAUCCAAUGUGACGUAUCGCUCCCCGAUCCCGAUCUUUAUAUAGAUGAAGUAGAUUGGGAUUGCGAGGUUGAUUCUGAUCUGAUGUUGGACCUUGAUUGCGUGCAUGUAGGCCCCAGUCCCAAUGAAAACUGCGAUUCGGUGAUUAUUUUUGGCAAUGCACUCAUCCCGAGCGAAGCUCUCCCCACACCUGGUUGGGGGGAAGAAGAAGAAGAAGCGAACUUUCCUAAAGAUGACAGCAACAACUGUGCUGAUAAUAACAAUAAUCAGAAUAAUGCUGAAGAUCCGUGGGAGGCUGGUUGGAAGAAGGGUGAAACAACAAAACAAAGUGGAUGGGGUAAUGGAGAGUGGGAAGGCGGUUGGAACAAUAACUCCGGAUAUUGGGGUGGUAAUAUUGGCAGAGAGAGUGGAUGGAGAUCCGAAUGGAAUAACAAUACAGGGGAUUGUAACAGGAACUAUGGCUAUCCCAAACAAAAAUGUAAACAUUCAGAAGGUAGAAGAUGGGACGACGAUGGAGGUUUUGGUAACCAGGGGGAUACGAACUAUAAUCAAAAUUAUGUCGAGCUGAAAGGGGGAAAUGUUCAUUACAACAGCUUUUCUGGGACAAAAUGGGAUGGUAGGAGGAGCCACAGGAGAUACAAGGGAAAGCACAUCAACUCAAAGUACCCUUAAGCAUGUAGGAGGAAGCAGAAACCAGUUUUGUGAAUAUAUAUAUGGAGUUAAUAUUCAUCUUACAAGUUUUUCAUCUGUAUACCCAGAUUUUGGUUCUCCCAUGAUAUAUAUAUAUAGCAUUUUUUGUUGUUUUUUUGUUUUGUUGGAAUAAUAUCCUCUUGAAAUU